AUGAAAGAACUAGAAAUAUAAAGAAUGCGCAUGGCCAAUUUGAAUAUGGAUUCAGAUAGAGUUAAAUAAGAAGAAAUAUCAAAAUGGAAAUAAUCAUCUGGAAAAAAUCCAAUUAUUGUGAGAGUGGAAGGUAAUAGGCUAAUUGUUGUAAAGAAUAAAAAAGAAAGCGUUAUUAAUUAGAGUCCUUAAACUGAUGACCUUGCAAAUCUAUAAUCAUUCAUCAAAAGAAAGUCUGAAUUAAAAUUUUAUAAAGAGCAAAAAGCAUAGGAAUAGAUUUAAAACCUCCGUUAAGAUCAUAAAUUGAGAUUAAGUUAACUAAAUAUCCCCAACUCUAACUUUUUGCUAGGGAAGUCAAGAAAUACAGAUUCUACCAAGUUUCAUAAUACUGAAAGAAAUCUAAAAAUUGAUCAAACAAACAUGAGUAAUGAUAUUGGAGAGCAUAUUUUCAUGACAAUGGAUUCCUCAAAGAGAAUUUCUAUUAAUAUUGCAGAUUAGGAAUGUGAAGAUUAUUAAAAUCCUGACUGUGAUGAUAAUUAGUAGACCUUCCAGCAGGAAUAUGAAAAUGGAUUCGAUAGAUUAAUGAGUGAAUACUAAAAUAAUAGCUAAAACUAUCGAUAAAAAUAUUUUAAAGGGAGCAUAAGGUCUACAAAUGAUUAGGAAUCUAUUGAUAGUGAAGACAUGCCACCAAUUAGAACAUUCAAAAUUUAGGAAGGAAGAGUAAUUCCAAUGAGUAUAUUUUAAAGUUCUGACAGUCAUAAAAAGUUUAGGCAUAAUGAAUAUUCAGAGAACAGUGAAGAUGAUUAUCAAUAAACUAAAUCAAUCAUUAAUCGUAAUAGUUUAAAGUUAGAAACUGUGAAUCUUGGUUAGCUAUUUUAAAUAAAGAAAUAAUCAAAGCCAAAAGCAAAAGCAAAAGAUCAAGGCACUUAAUAUUAUGCAAUGAGCAAUAUAAGCAGUAAUUAUGAUUCUAAUUAAGACACACUUAGGAUAAAAGCUUUUCUUGACAAACAAAAGACUACUAUGAAUACACUUGGUUAAUCAAAUAAGGAUAAUUCAAUUGAUCUUAGAGAAGAUAGUAAUUCUCUGAGUUAUCAAGAAAGCUAAAUCUUAGAGGAGAGUGAGAGGAAUGAGCAGAGUUAGUAUUAAGAUAAUUAAAAAUUCCUUUAGCCCUCAUCCAGUUCAGGAAUGAAACCUUUAAAUCUCAGUCAUAUAAAGUCACCCUAAUCAGUGAAUUAAAGGUAUCUUCAAAAUAGGUAUUCAAAUAGUUCUUAUGAUCCAGUUAGGCAGGAUAAGUACGUUCAUCAAAACAGUGAUCUGAUUAAAAGUUUCAGUCCUGAUUAACCUUUAAGAAUGUCUUCAAGAACCAAUGUGAUUGCAUUUUAGAAUCAGCAAUAAAUUGCAAAUAAAAAAUCUACAUUACAUAUGGCUAAAUAGAUAAUUACUAAAAAUGCUAUUAACAAGCUUGGUCCUAAAAGUCCUUCUAGUCACAAGUCAUCUUUAAUAGCUAGUCAAAAAUUUACUGCUACUAAGAAUAUAUUAACUACAGAAAAUAAUUAAAACAUGGAUAAAUCUAUUAAUAAAUCCAUAAUUAAUACUGUAAUAAAUACUGUUAUCAGUAACAACAGUAAUAUUCAGCUUAUUAAAACAGGAGAACCAAUUCCAAAAGGAAAGAGAAGUUAUGCUGACUUUCUCAAAGGUAAGGAGAAAGAAUAGUAUGAUUAGUAUUAGAAAAAUGAAGAAAUUCCUCUUAAAAAACCUCCAAGCUAAAGACCUAGUAUGCAAAAUUUGCCCACGAUUAAUAUAUAGAGAACUGGAAGUAAGAAAUAAAAUUUUAAACUCAGAGGUAAGAAUUUUUGA